AUGUUGUUAGAUGAGGAGGAGGAGAUCGACACCGUUUUAGUCGACGAAGGUGAUGCAUUGGCAAUCGAAGAUAAGCUGGUUAAACCCCACAGCUGGUCCAGACCGCCAGUUCCAAAAAUGUCAGCAGUCAAGGACAAAAUUGUGUUUCAGCAGAUCGAUGUGGACUUCUACAAGGUAGUAUGGUCAAUGUGCUUUUUCCUUAUGAAAUUUUGUUUGGGUGUUGUGAAGUGACAACUUCUUUUCCUUUAAGGGUACUAAAAUCGAGGGAAUGCCAGGUCCCGACCAUAGCCCCGUUGCUAUCAUCAGAAUUUUUGGUGUAACUGAGUCUGGCAACAGCGUGGUCGCCCAUGUACAUGGAUUUAUGCCCUACUUCUACGUGCGUGCACCAGACAAUUUCCAGGAGGCCUAUGUGGCUGAUUUUCGCCGUGAAUUGAAUCAGGCCUUGUUGCGGGACCUUAAGGGGAACCAAAGCGAAGGCAUUCGUGAAAUCGUCCUGUGUGUAACUUGUGAAUUAAAAGAAAGUGAGUUCAGUGAGAGUUUAAGAGCCAAUUUUCUUGCAAAACUCAUGUCCAUGCUUAUCAGUGGAUCUUCCGGCAUGAUUGUUUUUAUUACUAUACGAGGGGUACCCCAAAACGAGAAUUAUUUGCUGUAGGCAGCUUGGUAGACAGUGCUACCCUCUCCUGCUAGAUACGUUUACCAGACGCUGUUCCUGUUCAAUCGGUCAGAUGGCGUUCCUGAGAAAUGAUCGCAGAGGACACAGUGAUUGCCUUAUUCACUCCCCUCCCAACGCUCUCUUCGAUUAUUUUACACGACAAGGGAAAUCAGAUUGUAAGUCAAUGAUGGUUUGUUUUUGGACAUC